AUGGGAAUUUCAAGAAGUGAAGAACCCGCGCCAUGUCCUACUUCUGGCACAAGUGAUGAACGUCCCCUUGCAAACAGUAUUUUACAACUAUCACGAUGCCUUCAAUUGCCGAAUGUGUUGUUUCCUCCAGUCUUUACGUCUGAUAUAAGAGUAGCAUCUACAUCACGAGAUACUUCAGUUGCUGUGACAGCAAUUCCAUUCUCACCUGAAACUCUUAGACCUUUACUAAAGGCUCCACCAAGGAAAGGACAUCAAACAAAUAGACGCAAAGUGAAAUUCGCUAUCUUUACCGACACUCCCGUUAAGGAUGAACUAGCUGCAAUCGAAGCAGCUAGAACGGUGAAGAAAAAGGUGAAAAAACCUAACUUUGAAGAAACGAAAAUAAGAAAAAGAUAA